UCUUUCUAGUACCUAAAGACAACACGUUGGUUUCCCCUAUCCCAUGUCUUGAUCCAAUUAAAAGCGUUAGAACGGUUCAACAGUUUUUUUUCAGAAUCAUUGACCAAUUAGACCUUGUGACGCCUCGCUGCUCUCUUGCUCAACAUGAAGGUUCUGGCUGUCCUGGUCAGUCUGGUCAGUCUGGUGGACUGUCAAAACUUUACAAGUCCAUUGCGCAAAUCAUUUGACUUCAACUGUCCUGCAAAUCACACUAUAAAACGAAUGACUACUUUUAUUAAACAAAAGGACACGGGGAUUAAGAUUUGGUGCAAAUUUGAAAAGUCUACUUUGAAAUGUGCUUUAACAGAUUAUAUGGGCCAUUACGUCAAUCCCCUUAACUUCACUUGUCCAAGGGGUGAAGUCUGGUCUGGAAUGAAAAGUGACUACAUUGAUAAAUUAAAUAAAAGAAAAUUUAAAUUUUACUGCUGUGAGGUCAAGAAUAGUAAGUACUUUAACUGUUACAAUACACCUUACCAGGAUUCAAAAGAAGUGAAAUUGAAAGAAGGACAGGUCAUCGAAAGAACACGCUGGUACUAUGAAACAAAAAAUAUAACAAAAAGGCACUUCAGAGUGUGCGAAGUGUCCCAGCGCCAUACAAACUUGAACAGACUGAGUACGUAAUCUUUCCUCGUUUCUUGAUGUUAUUUAUUUAUUUUUUAAAAAGAACAGAGGUCAGUGAAAUCAUGACACAUUCUAAAUAUAAUAUUAAAACGCAUUUUAUAGAAAUCUCUAUGAAUUCAUUCUUAUGUUAGGUAGUCUACAGUACUUAAUUUCUCUGAAGUAACAAAACAGCUGCAACGUUCAGAAAUGAAUGCAAAUAUCAACUUGAAAUCAAGUUU